AGCAUUCUCUUUUACCAUAUUGGUGGAUCCUCCUCGCAAUUCCGCAGCACCAAAAGGAAAAGGAAGCCGAAGCGAGGGAGAGAGGAUCGUUCCACUUUAUUCUGAUCAGAUCUUCCUAUUUAUCUCAUUUCCUUUCGGUGUUCAGGCAUCAAAUUCAGAUCCAUCGGAUAGGAUAUUCAUGGCGGCAGCGAGGCGGCUCCGGGACCUGCAAGCCCAACCGGGGAAUAGGAUCUGCGUCGAUUGCUCUCAAAAGAACCCCCAAUGGGCUUCUGUUUCCUAUGGAGUCUUCAUGUGCUUAGAGUGCUCCGGCAAGCACCGUGGCCUCGGUGUCCACAUCUCCUUCGUCCGAUCCGUUACAAUGGAUUCCUGGUCCGAAAUCCAGAUCAAGAAGAUGGAAGCAGGUGGUAACGAGCAACUUAACGCCUUCCUCGCCCAGUAUGGUAUCGCCAAGGAGACCGAUAUUGUUGCCAAGUACAAUACUAAUGCGGCCAGCAUUUAUAGGGAUCGGAUUCAGGCCCUUGCCGAGGGACGACCGUGGCGGGAUCCACCUGUGGUCAAGGAGAACCUCGGCCCUGGGAAGAGUAAGCCUCCGUUGCCGAAAAGUGGAAAUGAUGGAGGCUGGGAUAGUUGGGAUAAUGAUGAGGGGGUCAGAUCACCCCAUGACUUCAAGCGCAACAUGUCUACGGGGGAUGUAAGGGGGUUCAAUGGAGGUUCUGCCGGUAGCAGGCCCGCGAGAUCGAGAUCGACGGAGGAUAUCUACACGCGGUCGCAAUUGGAGGCCUCCGCCGCCAACAAAGACAGCUUUUUCGCUCGCAAGAUUGCAGAGAACGAUUCACGACCCGAAGGGAUUCCACCCUCGCAAGGAGGCAAGUUCGUUGGAUUCGGAUCUAGUCCCGCACCUUCUCGGGUGAAUAACCAACAAAACGAUGUCUUUUCAGUUAUGUCUCAGGGAUUUGGGAAAUUGUCCUUGGCUGCUGCCUCAGCGGCUCACUCUGCGGCUAAUGUUGUUCAGGCUGGCACUAAAGAGAUCGCUACCAAGGUAAAGGAUGGUGGCUAUGAUUACAGAGUCAAUGAAACCGUCAAUGUUGUCACUCAGAAGACGUCAGAGAUAGGACAAAGGACUUGGGGGAUUAUGAAGGGGGUCAUGGCUUUGGCUUCGCAGAAAGUUGAGGAGUACACUAAAGAUAACCCAAACUGGCCAAUUGAUAAUAACUGGCAGCGAAAUGAAAACGAUAGAAAUGGCUACUAUCAGGAAUAUAAUCAUGAGACCAAAGGUUGGAAUUCUUCUACAGGAGGAGGGCAACCUUCAUCAGUUGGGCAGAAUAAUACUUACGCCUCAAGCUCAUGGGAUGAUUGGGACAAUAAUGAUACCAGGAAGAAAGAACCGACUAGAGGAUCAGCUACUCAUAACAAUGAUGGUUGGGCUGGCUGGGAUGAUCCUAAAGAUGAUGAAUAUGAAAAUUCCUACCAGAGUGUAUCAAAUAAGAAUGCAGUUGGUCAUAAUGGGAAGCCAGGUGACAGGUGGACAGGAGGAGGCUUUCUGUAAGGGCCUGAGCCUGUCUUUACAUUAUAAUUCAGCACAAAUGACAAAAAUUAUGGUAGCUUCCAAGCCGAUCACAUGCAGGCUAACAGGGAUGCCUCUAAACACGAUGGAUGUAACCAGACUGUCAAGGAUAAGAAUGUUGACGUGCAAGUGUCCAAAUGAAGGGCUUGUUGCUCAAAUUCGAAGAGUCCACUGCCUGGAAUUGUGAAGAGAACAAUGUUGUGAGAUGAAAACUUCCUAAUUGUUUUGUACUUGUGGCAACUAAAGUUACCUGUUAAUUGUUUAUUUGCUUCA